AUGGAAUAUAUCCACGGGCAGAUUGUUCCAUCACCUGAUAGCGACCAAAUCGACAAGAUCGCCCAAAUCCUUUCAUGCUUUUCAAGCAUACGAAGCCAGGACCCUGGCCCGUUGCAAGGAGGCGUAUCGCGUGGACUACUCUGGCAAGAUAAUGGGGAACCGGUCUUCAAAACGGUGCAAAAGAUGGAGAGCUGGUUGAAUUUCAGAUUGCCAGAUGUCGAGACUAAAUUGACUCUCCAGAAGUAUCCAUUGGUAUUUUGCCAUUUGGACCUUGCCCCUCGGAAUAUUAUCUGGUUGGCAGAUGGCUCAGUGUGUCUGAUCGACUGGGCGUCGGCUGGCUUUUACCCAAGAUUCUUCGAGGUGGCUCUCCUUAAAAUUAUGGAAUAUAGUCACGGCAACUACGAGUUGGAUUUGAUUGAGCGGAUGGAGAAGUUGACGGAAGAUGAGGAAAUUCAAAAGACACUGUUACAGCGGUCAUUCUACAACGGAAUCAAGUAUUCCUUUUCCGCCAUUCAUGAGACUCUUGGAUAA